AAAAAGCAGGCUUGGUCCAACCCGUCUUUUAUUUACCUUGAGUUUGCUAAAACAUGUCGGCAAACGCCGCCGAUGAAGAGAAGAAAUUAUCGAAAAUGGCAGAAGAACGUGAGGACGACAAGGGUAGCGUGAAGUCGGCGAAAGCACCUGAGGACAAUAGUGCCAGCAAAGCCGAUAGCACUGGAACCGGUGCUGAUAAGAAACCAGAGGCGACGGAAAUGGACGAAACAAAGAAUCAAUCCAAGAAAACCGAUGAAAAAAGUGGUAACUUUAGAAGCGGCGACGAUGAAUCCAAAGCUGAUGGUAGCUCCAAGGUGGAUGGCGUUGAUGGGAAAGCGGAAGGCACAACUGGACGGGAUAACGGGAGUGCAGACAAACCAAAGGCACCGGUCGAACCGGAAGCCAAAGGAAAAAAUCGAAAUGGCGCCAAAAAACCGGCUGACGAUGAAGACGCGGACGAUGUGGACGAUGAGUAUCAACCAUCCGGCAAACGUCUUGGUUCGAUUGCGCUCAUCGAUUCUAACAUCACGAAGGCAAAGGUGGAAGACCUGCAAACGCUACAUACAGUACUGUACGACGAAACAGCCAAGACGAUGGUGCUGCGGCGUAAUCUUCGUAAGUUUGGCGGUUUCGAUUUCAAGCCAAGUUCGGCUGCGUACCGUAGCCGCGUCUUGAACACAGGGAAGCUGGAUGUUAAAAAGCUUGUCCAGGUCGCAGAAAUACUUGCCCUGGAAAAGAAGGGUAGCAAGGAGGAGUUGGUAGAGCGAAUCUGCACCUUUCUACAAAAACCAGACGGCGACGAAGAGCUGCCCGAAGAGAUGGGCGAGGAAGAGGAAGAAGAGGACAAGGAGGAAGAUGAAGAGAUGAGUGAGGAAGAGGAGGCACCAAAGAAGAAAACACCAUCGAAACGUGGUGCGGUGCCAGCCCGUGGCAGGGAUUCGGCGAAAUCUACCAGCGGGCGUCCGAAACGCUCGACUGCUGGACGUGGUUACCAAGACAAUUCCUUAUACGUAGAUUACUCUACCUCGGAGCAGGAAGAGGAGGAGACCGUUAAGGUGGGCCGCGGACGACGUGCUCGUCGAGGAUCAGACAGCGGGUCAGAUUACAAUCCUUCUGCCGGGUCGGACUCCGAUGCGGGCAAACGAAGAUCAUCUCGCGCACCGGCACGGGGCAGCCGAACAUCGGCUCGAAACGUGCGAAAACGCUACAGCGAUGAUGAAUCGGAAGAAAGUGCCAGCGAUGAUGAUUUCAGCGAGGAUGACCGACGAAAAAAGAAGACAACACCGGCCCGUGGACGUGGUCGACCGAGUACCGCUGCCGGUUCGCGACAGUCGCUACGUGGCCGCGGACGCAAACGAAAAGCAGAAACUGAGAGUGAAGAAGAAGAAUCGGAACCCGAAAUCGACAGUGACGAUAGCGACCAACCGAAGCGGAAAUCGGUUACCAAAAGUAGUGGCCGUGGGUCUGUUGCUGGAGCCAACAAUAAUGCUAAAAAUUCAAGCCCUGCUAAGGGAAGGGGCCAACCGAGACGGGCAGCAGCGGUAAAUAGCGCCAAGAAGUCGCGAAGAGGAGGACGGGGUCGUAGCUCGUCCGGCGAUGACGACGAAGAGGAGGACGAGGAGGACGAGGAGGAAGAAGAGGAACCCGAGUUGGAUGACAACGAAUCGGAGGAUGAGAAACCGUUGGUCAAGAAGGCUAAACAGGAUAAAGAAAGCGAUGCGGCAGCACCACCGAGCGAGGACGAUAUCAAAGAAUACCUGAAAGAGAUCCUGGAGGAAGCGAACCUUGAAGAGAUCACAAUGAAAACCGUGUGCAAGAAGGUGUACGCGAAGUAUCCGGAGCACGAUUUAUCGCAUAAAAAGGAUUUCAUCAAGGCAACAGUCAAAUCUCUUAUAUCGACGUAAAGUCUGCAGAGCAGCAGCAGCAGCAGUAGCAGCAGCAUUGAAGGUAGACGCGUCGUAUGUUUUUCUUCUUUAAAUGGUUAUCAUAAAAGCGACAGAUAUGAUGCAGAUUGCAUGUGUGGAUGAAAGCAGAUGAAAGAGAAAUAGGAAUGAGCACGGCGUGUACAGGACAGAAGAAGACUCUAGAGAACGUACAGUUCGCAGCAUAUUGUCGUUUAGAUAUAUAUACAUAAAUGCAACACAGAGUAACAAAUACAACUAUUAUCUAGAGAAAAAGGUGGGACACAAAAUAAACAAAAACUCUAUUAGGGACGCGCACGGGCACACAAAUUAGCACGGGCAGUAGCUGUGUGAUGGUAGCUUAUCUAAUAUCUGAGUAAUUGACGGUAGAGAAGCAUCGCCAUUGAUCGAGACGGAAUUAGUCGAAUCGGGAGCAACUUCCCUAUGCGAAGACCCUUCGCGACAGAGUCCCUUCUAUAUUUUGCACACAAAAAGUACAUUGACAACUUGGGAAAAGAUUCACAACAAAUGCAGAUUAAAUGAUACACGCAUUACUACGGUGUAUCACAGGGCAAGAGUGAAGAAAGAGAGCAUCAGAGACAUCAAUUAGGUAGCCUUUUCUAUAGUCGGCAGUAGUUCUGCACUUUAAACAAAAUGCAAAUGCACACAGGAAAAUGGAGAUGUGGAAGUGAAAACAAAUAUACAUUUCAGGGCAAGAGAAUGUGGAUGAAUGGUGUCCUGUAAGAGCGAAUCAUCAAACGUUUCGGCAAACACAAGAGUUUAUUAAGGCUUUAAUAAUGGUUAGGUGAAGGAACAAAACAUUUGGAAAACGAACCAACAAAUGCAUGGAACAGAUGGUAAUCAGGUAUCAAAACAUACAGAAAAAUGCGGCAAACAUAGAAGGGACGAAGGGACAAAUUUCGAAGAAAGAGCAUGUUUUAGUUGUACGACGCGCAUUUGAUUUGACCUUCCUCCUCCUCUUCAUCCAUCUUCUGCUCCAUUCUCUUUUCCCAGGAUGACUGGCAGUAGCGAUGGGAUGGAAGGACGUAGUGUGGAAAAUUUAAAUGAUUAGUGUAAUAAAUGUAACAACCGUUGAGUAACCACAUGAACCACACUUGAAUCGAUAACCAGCCUAAUGGAAUGUUGGAGAUGAGCGUGAAUUUAUUAUUUCGCCAUAAAUAGUACUACGCUCUGUUAUCUUUAUAUGCACGUGCAUUCUUAUUUGUUUCUGCAAAGUUUUGUGCGUUUCCUUUUGUGUUUUAUACAAGCUAGACACGUUUUGAAGUUGCGUAUUAGAUGGGAUAAAACAUUUGUUAUGUUUUUCUUUUGUUCAGUACAAGCGAAGUGGUAGAAAAGCGGUUAGGGCAGGAUAAAUAUUUUGUAUUUGUACGGAACCAGAGCUCAAAACGAGAACAAAAGAGGAAGCGUUAGUGCAAAGCAAAAUUAGGUCGUCGAGUAUAAUUUUGGGAGCUAUUCAUAAUAAACUUUCUAGAUGUUCUCGAUACACAACAGAAUUAGUUUAAACCCCAUUUCAUUAAUGAUUUGCCUUUUUUUGCAUUUCAGCAGGAAGGUUUCCCGGAACUUCAGCUUGGGGAGCUGGAAUCGACAAAAUCGUCUGUGUUUGGGAUCUCUUUUCAUACCCUACGGAUUCUUUAAAAAAAUGUGUUAAAUACUGUUUUCAUAUCGCAUCACAUUCUUAACGGGGAUAUAAGGAGAUUUCAUUGGAUUUUAUUUUUCAUCAAAACAGUUUCCAUCAAAUUAAUAGAAACGGCAAACGAAACCUUCACCUCUGCAAAAUAGUUUUUCCAGCGAAGACCAGACUGUGUACUGGGAUUUUUUUGAAGUUUAGCUGGUUGACGUAAGGGGUUUAAUUUAGUACAACAAUAAAUCCAUUAUUGAUGUUAUUUCGUUUGCUAAUCUGUUUUUUCUGCUAAUAGUUUUUGAAAAAAAUGAUAACCAGUUUCAUAUCGAAAACACUGAUAAGAAGAGUGUAAUUAUAAAGUAAUUGUAUCACGCAUGCAAAACUAAACGUCAUUACGCCGUCUGCCAUUUGAUCUGGCUGUCAACAGAAGCUGUUAUUUUGCAGCCUGGUAUUCGUUCGCACUCCGUGGCUACACCCCGGGAUUUGACAUUUGAUCUCGUGCGAAAGAAGACGUGUGCCUGUGUGAUGUGCGGAAAAAGCUUUCUAUCCGUGCCUAGUAGCAUCAUAGAUCCUUUUUCUUUAGUUUUAUAAUUUCGUCCUAUUUAAAAAAAUACAUACAACCCUACAUAAAGUGCAUUUCACGUUGUGUGCCGGCCUGUUCUGGCGAUUUUCCGUUUUCCGCGUCGCCGCCGCCCUUGUUUUCCCCGCUUGAUAAGAUCGCGUGUUCGUAAUGAUGAGACUCGUGCCGUUUGCUUGUUGGAAAGCGUAGUCUAGUUCGUGGAAAGAAAAAGCAACGCGAAGGCGAGAAAAGCGAAUAAAUCAAAAUUGUACCCAAUUUCACCCGUGGUUGAAGAUUCUAACCAGCAACAACAGCCUCCAAAGAGAAGAAAAGAGAGAGAGAGAGAUAG